GAUAUUGAAGAAGCAUAUGUGUACAUUUCAUAUACUGAAGCACACUGGCCUCAUAUGAGCAAGUUCAUUAAGUUCGCUCAUCCUCUGUUUGCUCUCUCCCGUAACAGGUUUAGGCCUGUACCUAAUAUAUCUGAGAGACAGCUGUUAUAAGAUAACAGGACAUAAUUGGCUCGCUCCCCGGAACAUGCUAUAUGAUGACUGAGGAGCAUAUCUCUAAACUCAUUAAAUAGAGGCCAGCAUAUCUCUAAAUUCAUUAGACAGACCAGAUGGCCACAUAGACUCCCACUCCAUGGGAACAGCACACAAAGUGAAGGUCAACAUUUUUAAAAAAACUAUACCAUGUUGAUUUGGUCACAAUUAAAUCCAAUUAUGGGACUAAUGGCAUAAUGCCCAUAACCUUGACCGGAAAAAACCUCCCUAAAGGUGAUCAUGUUUGGGAACAAUUAUGUUCAACCGAUAUAUGGUUAUAUAACGGUAAAAGGUGGAGCCUAAAGCCCCCACCUUUGGUUUGCCCAAAUACUGUAUAAAAGAGCAUGUAACUCUUUGUCUCAUCAGAAGAUUGGAUCCUUCUGGCUGAACUUGGCUGAUUUUUCAAGACAAUAAAAGAGCAUCUUAGAACUUUGAAGAACUCCGUCUUCUCCUUUUUUUAACUCAAGGCACUCGUCUGUUUUUACCUUUUUUCUUUUGAACUUAGAACCUUUGUAGUGAUGCAUGACUAGAUAACUUUUAAAGAGUCUAUUGUAAGCUAGCCCAAGGCUUCCCUUUAAGGGAGGCCAAGAGUCGUCAGAUUACGAACGACAUUUGGCGCCCAACUAAAAGGGGCCUCGAAAAGAGCCCAUACAUAGUAACGAUUAGAGACCAGCAGCAGUGACAUCGUGAAGAAGACAAUCCUCUUCAAAUCCUGAAGGACAGUUUCCUUUUAGAAAGCCUCAAUCAACUGGACACAGUCCCACUUGAGGAGAAAACGAGAGACUAACGUGGCGACACCCUUCACGCAGAAACAGAUAAGAGUAUAUUUUACUCCUUCUUAACUCAUUCAUCAUGGGUGGUAAAAAUACCAAGACUUGCAAAAAUGAAGUAGACCCAGUACAGCUCCUUAUUGAAAAAGGGGUUGGCACUUAUGCUGAACUUACUCAGUGUAUGGCUAGGUGGCAUAAACUGACAGCUAAAGCUGAUAAACAAUGGCCCCUUGCAGGGACCUUUGACACAGAGCUGUGCAACAUGAUACAUGCCUUAGAGCAAGAAUCUUAUGUAUGGAAUAGCCGACAGAGAAUUAAACAGCAGCGCAGGCUGAUUUUGCUGAGAGCAUUUAUGGACCAUGGCCCUAAGCCAACUAAUGCCCCGACAAGCCCUACCAGUCCCAUUCCAAUUCCAGAGAGACCUCCACCAUAUGCCUCUGAACGCACACCGACUACAGGGAUUUACCCUGCAAUGGCACAGGGCUGGCCAGAUGCUUCAAUUGAAUUAAAAGGAACCCUGAGCUUUGAGAGAACAUCAGAUGAGACAAGUGACCCACCAACUGCCACACCUGCGACCACACAAGAAGCUGGAGAAGGUUGCAGUAAAUACACACCCAAACCGCUAGCACCAACCUGGACAAGACUAAGCCCCGCUCAAGACACACCCACUGCAGGUGGCCCCUCGAUGCACGAGGAACAGAUGAGUGGUGAGACCACACCAAAGAGCAACUAUGAAAGCAGCAUGCACGAGCCCUCUGUUAGAGCCAAAGAACCAAGAUCACGCACCCCAGCUGAUGAAGAACAUCCUUCAGAUACUGAAGAACAAUGUUCUCAAGUGCGAUUCCUAACAGCUCCACUACAGCGGAGAGUUACUGGCGUAUUGGAAAUAGAGCCUGAAGCAAGCGCCAGACAGCGACGAGACAACUUUGAGGACACGUAUAACAAAACGGAGAAGGCUAUAGAAGAAGAACUCAAAAAACUAAUUAAUAAAGGUGUCCCAAAGAACUCAACCACCUCACACGUUGCACACGGCCUGCGUAGAAGCCGAUCUAUUGAGCUGCAAAGUCCAGUAAUGCAGGAUGAACUUGCUGACUCAGAUUUCCCUCGCACGGACUCUGAAGAGGAUGAGGAUCUAAUUGGCUGGACAGCGACUCUUGACCGAACACAUACCCAAGGUCCAAGACGCUCUGAACGUAUAAGGCAGAGACUGAGGUCCCACCAGCUUAGACCGUCCAAGUCAUCCCAUUUCUUCCCCAUCAUUGCCCAGGGCCUGGGUAAUUCAUAUGUGCCCUGGUCCUUUAUGGACUUGAAAGGCCUGGUUGAGCAACUACCGAACAUAACCACAGGAGGGCAGAAGUGGAUCACUGCUUUUGAAGACAAGACAUCAGGCUAUACUAUAGCCAUUGGAGACAUAAAGGCUAUCCUGUCACACUCCGUUGGAAAAACCAAAAUGGAGGACAUAUUUUCACUGGCCAAGUACAGAAACCUGGCAACAAAACAAUGCUUUGAAGACAUACCUUUCAACGCCUACCGAAACAAAAUCUGGGAUGCCAUUCGUGAAGAAUUCCCAACUGAUAUGGAUCCAAGUCAACUGGAUUCACUUGAACUGAAACCUGACACCCCUGCCAUUGAAUACAUCACCAAUUUUCAAAAGAAAUGGCUAGAAGAAACGGGUACUGCUUGGAACUCUUCCAACCAGUGUCUGUUCAAGAUGAUGCUGAGAAAAAGCUUGCCCAAGGAAGUGCAAGAUGCACUUGAUGAGGUCGUGGGUCUAAAUAAUAUGGAUUGGAACAUGUUUAAAGAUCACAUCGUCCAUCAUGCGGAGCGAUACAAGAAAAAGAAGGCUCAGAGUAAAGAAGAGUUGGAGAAAAUAGCUUUGCAGCUACAAAGAGCACAGCUGACAGAGUUGAAGAAGAAAGAUAAGAAACUAGCUGACCUCAUGGCAGUGGUGGCCUCUGAUAAACCCAAAGCACCAAAUGCGACUGAUCAGAUUUUGCCUGUACUGACCACACAAGCACCUGUACAACAACCAAUGCAAAAUCCACAGGUGAUGCAGCCACAACAAGUUGUUCCUGCAACUCAGACGUUUCCUGCACCUACAACACCAAUGAUGCCAAUCAAUGCAAUGCUACAAAACCAAAGCAUGCAGCCCAGCGCUGUCCAGACUACCAACCCCAAUCUCAACCAACUCCAACAACCUGUGCCACCUGUUAAUGUUUAUGUUAACACAGGAUUGGGCAACAGGGGAGGACUCAGAGGAAGAGGAAGAGGUAGAGGCCGUGGGAUGCCAAGACCUAAUAACAACCCAUUCGGCAUGCCUAAUGCGCAGACCCUGGAUCAAUUAGACACAUUUGACAUUUCAGGCCAAAAAUUCCAACAGGGUCAAGGAUACCAACAAGGUCAAAACUACCAGCAAGGCCAAGGCUAUCGACAAGCUGGAGCUUCUCCUGUUUGUUACACAUGUCACCAACCUGGCCACUACUCAAGAAACUGUCCGAAUGCUGGAUGGUUCUGAAGAUGCCCGAAAAGCCUUGAGGGGGAGAAUAUUCAAUUGGCAGUAUCAAAUUCGUCUAGUAGUGACCCAAAAGUACAGGUUAAAAUUAAUGGUGAGAAAAACAUAUUGUUCUUAAUUGAUACAGGAGCCACCCACUCCGUAAUUGGUCCAGAAGGAGUAAAUCUUCCCCUGUCCUCUCAUCAACUAAGGGCACAAGGCUUUUCAGGGAAAACGCAAACAUUAAGAUUUACAGAACCUGUACACCUAACCAUAAAUGAGCAAACUGUGGUAGCUCCCCUAUUAUAUUCAGAAGCAUGCCCAGCUAAUCUCCUAGGUAGAGAUAUACUAUGUAAAUUGAGGGCAGAUAUCAGAUGUUCACCCACUGGAUUGUGUAUAGACUUCCCAACCCCAGUAUACCAGAUGUACAUAAAAGCAAAAGAGGGAAGACCAAUUAAAGACUUGCCAACAGUUUAUUGGCUAAGGCUAGUAGAUAGCCUACUUGACAGGCUCUACCACAAGUGGGAGCCUUGGAUCGAGAGCCAUAGACCUGACAUGAAAAAGGUGUCAGAUGAUCUGCACUGUACUCUUUUGUACGAUCAUGAUAACUCACAGACUGAAUAUGAUGCAUGUUGGAAACAGUGCCUACAGGGCAAAUCAAUCACAUUAAGAACAGGAGAUAUGAUCAUAGGUCCCCAAGGAGUCGCUGUAGAAGCUAUUCUGGAUGAUAACUUGUUACAAUGGUACAAGGUUGAGAAUUCUGUACCACAUGUGUCUCUUAUGGUUGCUAAAUACAAUCAACCAAUGGACUUAGGUCCGAUGGUGUUGGCUAGCAAAAAGAUGACAUGGAUUGAAACAGAUGAUCAGUAUGUCUUCGAAUCGGCUGAUCGAACAUACUAUAAAAUAACCACCAAAUCUGUUAAUAGAACAAUAGCUGAAAAGGUUGCUGUGGAUAGAUUAGCACCAUAUAUUCAAGCUAAACUAACCCAGGAACAGGAAGAACUGUUAAAGGCGGUACCUGAGCAAUUGUGGACCCAACACCACACUGAUGUAGGCUUUAUUAGAUCUGUAGAGCCAGUCCAAGUGACUCUUAAGCCAAACGCCAGAUUACCUUACCAAAGACAAUACCCACUGAGUAAGGCUGCGUUUGAGGGUAUUAAGCCAACGAUUGAGGGCUUGUUACAGGCAGGAGUCCUAGUACAAACAACCAGUCGAUGCAAUACUCCAAUUUACCCUGUGAAAAAACCCAACUCUGAUAAAUGGCGCUUAGUACAUGACUUGAGAGCUGUAAAUGCUGUUGUGGAAGGCGAAACUCCUGUAGUGCCUGACCCACACACCCUACUCUCAAAUAUCCCUUUUGAUGCUACGUUUUAUAGUGUUAUUGACCUCUGCUCUGCAUUUUUCAGCAUUCCACUCGAUGAGCAAUCCAGAUUUUUGUUCGCAUUUACAUAUGGAGGCAAACAAUACACUUACACCCGCAUGCCACAAGGCUUUAGUGAAAGCCCCAGCAUAUUUAACAAAACAGUAGCACAAGACCUAGGUGACAUUGAAAUCAACAGUACAUUGAUUAUGUAUUUUGACGAUCUGCUAAUUGCUUCCAAAACUAAACAGGAAUGUGAGCAAGAUACAAUAACAGUCUUAACCAAAUUGGCAGAGAAAGGCCAUAAGGUUAGCAAGGCCAAAUUGCAAUUUUGUGCUGAGGAAGUAGACUACCUUGGCAGACGCUUAAAAGGAAACAAGCGCACAAUUAUGCCAGCACACAUUAAAACCAUCCAAUCUGCUCCUAAACCAAUUACUGUAGGCCAAAUGCUCACAUUUUUAGGAAUGGCUGGGUACAGUCGCCAAUGGAUUUGUGACUUUGCACUUAAAGCCGCCCCCCUCAGGAGAUUGGUAAAAGCAGCCGGACAGAGAAACCUUAAAGGAAUCUUGGUUUGGGAUGAGGAAGCUGAACAAGUUUUUAUGCAGAUCAAGCGUGAUCUGUGCAGUGCUCCUGCAUUGGCCAACCCAGAUUACUCAAAACCUUUUGAACUUUUUGUGUCUGUAAAGAAGGGGUUCGUUAAUGCUGUCUUAAGACAACUGUCAAACCCCAUACAGGGCUACACUCAAGCGAACACCAUAGCCUACUUUAGUACACAGCUUGACAAAAUUGAACAAGGCAUGCCACCUUGCUAUCAAGGUUUGGCAGCAGCAGCAUAUGCCUUUGAAAAGGCUACUACAAUUACCAUGGGAUACCCAGUUACCAUGUAUACCAACCAUUGCCUACAUACUUUGUUAACAUCUAACUCCUUCGUGCUGACAAA